GUGUCCACACAUGGGGGCCCAGAGCAGCACGCAGGGUCCCUGGGGUUCUCCCAUCCGGAGGGGGUUCCAUGGCCCCUUUCCCAUAGUAAAGGUGUGGGCGGGGUCUGAAAGCCACAUUCCUGAUGACGGCCCAGGACACUGUAAAGCGUGACGCUCCUAAAACCAGGUCCUGGGAUGGGUGCCUGCAGGGAGGGCACACUGAGAAGUUCAGCGGCGGCGAGGCCUGGGCUCAGCUCGCUCCUUCCCUAACCGAGCGCCUCCCAGAAAUCUCCCACGAGUCCCUGGGCAACAGCCAGUGCCUGCUGGAGUACCUUCUGAACCGUCUGCACAGCGGCUCCGGCCGCGUGAAGCUCAAGGUGCUGAAGAUCCUGCUCCAUCUGUGUGCUCAUGGCUCCUCCUCCUUCCUGCUCAUCCUCAAGCGCAAUCCCGCCUUCAUCCAGGAAGCUGCAGUUUUCACUGGGCCCCCGGACCCUCUCCAUGGGAGCAGCUUGUACCAGAAGGUGCGGGCGGCCGCCCAGGACUUGGGGAGCACCUUGUUCUCGGACGCCUUGGCCCCUCCGCCUCCCUCCCAGUCUCCCAGGGUCCUGCCUCCAGCAGGCAUGGGCUCCCAGUCCAGACCCGAGGGCACCCUCCAGGGCUUCGGCUACAGCAAGGAUCCAGGCCACACAGGCUCUGCGGGUGAAGCCCUCCUCUCCACCAUCCAGAAGGCCGCAGAAGUGGUGGCCAACGCCGUGCGUCCUGGGCCUGCGAGCCCUGGCUCCCAGGGGCUCCUGCCACGGGGUGACACCUACCAGGCUGCCGUGACGCCUUCAGCCGGCCGGGGCCACUCCACUCCUGGAAAGCCGCUCCCUGUAUCCGUCCUGGGAGCCAGAGCUGUGAGACACCAGCCCGGGCAGGCCGGCGGGGGCUGGGAUGAGCAGGACAGCAGCCCCGGCUCUCACAGUUCUUCCCAGGAGAACGGCCGGAGCAAGGCCUCGGACUCGGGCAGUCAGUCAGGCAGCGGCAGCCCCUCGGGGGCCAGCCGGGCGCCCAGCGACCUGGCCGAGAGGGUCGACGCCAUGACCCUGAGCGACUGCCAGCAGGAGCUGAGCCUGGUCCGGACGGUGACACAGGGACCACGUGCCUUCCUGAACCAAGAGGAGGCACAGCACUUCGUCAAAGAGUGCGGACUGCUCAACUGUGAGGUGGUGCUGGAGCUGCUGAUCCGGCACCUGGGGGAGGCCAGCGAGCGCGUGCAGAUGAGAGCCCUGGGUGCCAUUGCCAUCCUGGGGUGCACGGACCUGCUCUCCCAGGAGCACAUCCUGCUCCUCGCCCGGCCGCAGCUGCAGGAGCUCAGUGUGGGCAGCCCUGGACCUGUGACCAACAAGGCCACCAAGAUCCUCAGGCACUUCGAAGCCUCCUGCCGCCAGCGGCCUCCUGCCCAGCAGCCUCUGUCUGAAUCUGGCCCCACAGCUGCCCGUGGGGGCCUGGCUGACCUGCUGACCGACGCUGUGCCUUUCGCUGGGGGCCAGGCAUUCCUGCAGCCUCUGAGUUCAGCCCUGUUCUCGCCCAGGGGCCCUACACCUCCUCCUCCCCUGGAUGGGUCCCCCCUCCCCGCCCCCGGGGACGCCAAGGAGCCUGAGAUCAGACUGGCAGGUUCCAGAGAGCAGGGGGCUGGAUAUGAGCAGGGCCCAUUGGGCACAGACACCCCAAACGGAGGGCUAGAGGUCGGCCCAGGUCUCCGCGGCUGCCCAUGGAGUCCGGUGGCCAGUGGCAGCCACAGCUCCUUGUUUGCUGGCAUGGAGCUGGUGGCCUGUCCCCACCUGGUAGGGGCCAGGACUGCUUCAGAGGAGCCUCCCAAGAACCCCUGGAUGUUGUCACAGAGGGUGGCAGCCAAAGACCCUCCUAGCUCAGAGCCAUCGGCUUUCGCAUUCUUAAACUCAUGACCUCAUGGGCCUGGGGUCUCCCUGUCCUAACUCCCAGGACCCCAUGACUGCUGUCACCUUUGCCACAGCCCCCCCAGGUGUCUGCAGUCGGCCUCUUCCCAACUGCCCCAGGCCUUGGUGCAGGGAACCACCCAACCAGGUGAACUCAGCCUGGACUCAGUCCAGAGAUGAGAAUAGGAGUCCACGCACUGGCCAGAACAGGACGGCCCUUCCUGUGGGUGUGGUGGUCGGGGGAGCAGUGCCCCAGGCAGCCUGCAGGACUCACAGGAGGGCAGGAGCUGUUCAGAUUGGCAGCCGGUGGGCCCUGGGCUGCCGGGCCUCCUGCCUCCUGCCAUCUGGUCUGACGAGCGUACUGUCUGUCUGGUCCCAUCUACAAACACCGCCAGGCCCUUCAGUGGGCAGAAGGUGCGGCAUGGCCUGCCUGGAGGGCACGGGCAGGACGGGUGGCUCGACAACUGAGCCCGGAGACCAGCUAACCCCUGGACCUGCCCCGAGUUCACAGGCUCAGCAUAGAAUGGCACCCAGCCCCUCUGUGAGGGAUGCAUCAGGAGGACGGGAGGGCCCAUGUGCAGACUGAGCCCAGGCCGUGGCCCUCAGCCAACAACCCAGUGAGGCCCCCAGAACUACCUCUGUUCUUACCCCUUCCCGCCAGAGGUUGCCUAUUUGGCCUUGAAUCCCUAUGGCAGUGGGAGGCAGGGGACAGGACCUCCAAAAUGCUGACCUCAGGGUCCCCUGGGGAACGCCUGCCUGCCUUGCCCUCAGAAACAAGUUUUUUUGGUGUGCGUUUAGAACCAUUGCUUGGAUCUUUGGUUUUGAGUUCAGAUCCCUCCCUUUGCAUGGGGUGGGGGACGUGGCAUAAGCAGCCAGAACCUGGGUCAUCAGGGCAGGGCUCCCUCUGCCAUGACAGUUUCCUGCAGGCUGCACGGGAUGGCCUCACAGGGAAGCUUGGGUCCCUCUCAGAAGAACUGGGACAUUUCCUCAAUAAACACUGUUUUCUCAGCUGCACCAUGUGCUUUGUGUGUGUGAGAGAAAUACCAUUAGUGAAGAGUACACUCUAAAAGUAGGAACAGGUCUUUCCUCUUCAGAUGUUUUGAAGAACUCCCCAGUGGAACUAUCUGGUCCUGUAAU